UUUGGCGGCGGAGAAGGUUCGGAUUCUACCGGUGCCUGCAAGCACGCUGAAAUACCCUGGCUGAUGAUACAUCUAUUUAUUAAGCUUUUAUGCCGCCUCAUCCAGGUGGCCCUAGGCAGUUCACCACCUGCAUUCAGAAAAGCUGCACCCUAGGUUUUUAAGUAUACGCAUGCUAUAGCAUGUAUGAUAUAUCUUAUUGCAAAGGUGAGGCCACCAACUAGGAGCACAGGAAGGGCCUCUGGAAAAGCUGUUGAGUGUGGUCACCCCCAACACCCCUGAAUAUGUAUACCUGUGCAAAGUUCGUCUCUGCUCCCACCCUUGUGAACAGUUCCCGGCUGCUCUGCAGACCCAUAUCUGCCUCCGUGCUGAACAGACCUGAGGUCAGGACAGAUGAGACCCGCUGUAUCUCGGCUGCUCAGAAUAAACUCUUGCCGAUAUUGCUCCGGGAGUUUCAGACGACUGCCAUCUCCCGGGACAUUGAUACUGCUGCCAAGUUUAUCGGUGCUGGUGCUGCUACUGUGGGUGUAGCUGGCUCUGGUGCUGGCAUUGGGACCGUAUUUGGCAGUCUCAUCAUUGGCUAUGCCAGAAACCCCUCCCUGAAGCAGCAGCUCUUCUCCUAUGCCAUCCUGGGUUUUGCACUCUCUGAGGCCAUGGGGCUGUUCUGUUUGAUGGUGGCAUUCCUCAUUCUUUUUGCCAUGUGAAGGAGCCGGAUGUGCUGUGUGUCAUGUGCUCCCCUUUCCUCCCCCUGUGUUUAGCCCAGUGUGUUUGCCGACCUGAUUGUACUGUGGCAGGUAGGAGAAGCCUAUCUGUUAACCAAAUCCGUCCGGCUCGGGGGGGGGGGCAAGUAAAUAAAUACUGUAUUGGUAUAAA